AUGACAAAUACUUUGGUUAAAAAAGAUUUUGCUGAAGUAGGUUUUGCAAAUAGUGUAACUAAUGAUGAUGUUAGUACUGGUGCUGGUAAUGUAAAAGAUUCAAUAAAAAUUUAUUAUGAGAUUCAUGGAAAUGGACCAAACAAGAUAUUAUUUGUAAUGGGAUUAAAUGCAACGUCGGGUUCUUGGGAAUAUCAAAUAAAUUAUUUUGGAAAUCAUAAAGAUUAUCAAAUAUGUGUUUUUGAUAAUCGUGGUGUUGGAUGGUCAGAUGCACCAACUGGACUUUAUAGUAUCAAGCAAAUGGCAUAUGACGUGGUUGAAUUAUUAAAUAAGAUUGAAUGGACUAGUGAUGUUAAUUUGGUUGGUGUUUCCAUGGGUGGUAUGAUUUCUCAGGAAUUAGUAUUACUCAAACCUCAUUACUUCAAAUCUUUAUGUCUUACAUCAAGUACUCCAGGAUUAACGAUACCACCGAUCAAUGGUAUGCUUAUGUUUAUGAAAUUAAUGGCGAUAAAAAAUCCUAUUGCUAAAUCUCAACUAGCCGUUGAUGUAUUGUUUCCUGAGAAUUGGUUGAAAUCUCCACCAUCGAUCGAAUCAUCUCAUAAUACAAAUAGAGAUCAUGUGAUUGAAUCACUUAUUCGACGUAUUAAUAACACUAGAAUUCAACCUGUUAGAGGUGCAAUUGGGCAAAUUUCAGCAUGUUUAAGACAUUAUGUUUCUUCUGAACGUCUUCAAAUCAUUCGAGAUAAAAUUCCACAAAUUUUAGUGGUGACUGGAAGUUGGGAUAAUCUUGUUAGACCGUCAAAUAGUUUCUAUCUGGCUGAACAACUAAAUGCAGAUUUUGAAUAUUUUGAAGAUACAACUCAUUAUUAG